AAGACACCUUGCCCACUUUCCGGGCACUGCGGAGAUGCCCACUGAAGCGGUCCUCUCCAGUUGUUCCCAGCUGUGGCCGAGAUCCUGAUGUGUAAUCUGCUGCAAGCUUCCCCUGGCUGCUACACUCACUUGGUACCUCCCAGCCUGCCAGUGUGCAUGUCAGUGGAUAUUGCGAGAAACGGUAUUAAAAUCCCAGAUUUACUGCGGUAAUAACAGGCGGCUGGUCAGUUUCACUGGAAAUUAACGAGCAGGAGCACAGGUGGACGACAUUGUCUGUUAUCCACAGAGCAAGUGAGCACCUCAGAAUGACACAAGGAAAACUUUUUGCCACGAGUAAAAACUCAAAUCCAGAAAGUGAACAGGGAGGCCCUGAGAAAAGAGAACCCAUGUCAACAUCAACUGCUCCUCCCACUUAUGAAGAGGCAACCCUGGGGGCAAAGAACAACAGUCCAUCACCAUCAGCUCCGAUGCACCCCAGCUGGGCCUAUGUGGACCCAAGCCGCAGCCCCAGUUAUGGAAGUGGAAGUUUCUCUGGUGAGAGUGAGCUGUUUUCCUCAUUCAGCUGGGAUGAUAAGAAUGUCCGACGGGUUUUCAUUAGGAAGGUUUACAUCAUCCUGAUGAUUCAACUUUCCCUCACAGCUGGUGUUAUUGCUCUGUUCACCUUCUGCGACCCUGUCAGGAGUUACAUUCAGGCACGUCCUGGCUGGUACUGGGCUUCGUAUGCUGUCUUCUUUGUAACCUAUAUGACCCUGGCCUGCUGCCCUGGACCAAGGAGAUAUUUUCCAUGGAACCUGAUUCUCCUGGGCAUUUUUACUGGCAGUUUUGCAUGCAUGCUUGGAUUUCUUUCAAGCUUCUACAAUACGAAAUCGGUUCUACUUUGCUUUACCAUUACAGCCCUUGUGUGUUUGGCAGUUACAAUAUUCAGUUUUCAAACCAAGUUUGACUUUACUUCGUGCCAUGGUGUUCUGUUUGUGCUGCUGAUAGUCCUUUGCAUCAGUGGCUUGGUCCUGGCGAUUGUGUUGCCGUUUCAGUAUGUUCCCUGGCUUCAUGCUGUGUAUGCAGUGCUUGGCGCAAUAAUUUUUACAAUGUUCCUGGCCUUUGAUACACAACUGCUAAUAGGGAAUCGUCGGUACGCAAUUAGCCCUGAGGAGUACAUCUUCGGGGCACUGAAUAUCUACCUGGACAUCAUUUAUAUCUUCACCUUCAUGCUGCAGAUUUUUGGCUCCAACAGAGAAUAAGUCAGUCAGGAUGAAUGGUCUCUGCUCAACAUAGACCACCAGCUGCAAGAAUAUCAGCCACAGAAGCACCUAAAGUUACAGCAAGUGGAGUCGCUGAGAGAAUCCAUUCACUCCACCUUGUCCAGUAACUCAUUGGUAUUAGAAUUCUUUUUGUGUUAACAUACUGUCAAUCUAGUAUAAGGUGGAACUGCACAAGCUUGUAGGUAGAAGCAUAACCAUAAUGCAUAGACUAGUGCAUUUUGAGCUUUCUCUGUGCAUACUUCCUAGUCUUGAAUUAUGAGCUUCCUUGUAUUAGAGUCAGCUACCAGUGAUCCAAGCUUAGCUUUCCUGUUUUUUUUUUGUCAAAUUUGUAUUAAUUUUUGACAGACAUAUAUUGCUAUCUGGGAGGCCAGUAGCUCAACUGCCUAAGCUGCCACGCAUGUGGAUUAGUUCAACAGCCACAGCAUAGGGUUUGAUUUCCUCUUAUAUGCUGAAAUAGAUUCUGGCCUGCUUUCUUGUUCUACAGUAGAAAAUCACAGCACUUUGCUGUGGUUCAGCAAAUAAUCACUAAAGACCUGAUACCAGGCAGAGAGUUGAAGAAAUAACAAUAGCUAUAAAUGUCUUGCAAAGGAUUUUCAAAUCCUAAUCGCUGGCUACCAGUUUUGAGCUUUCUUUUGAGACUGAGGCUGUUUUGUAACUGGCCUCAGAUGUACAUGGAAUCCAGGGGAUGUGCUCUCCACAACUUGGUUUCGGAGAAAGUUGCUCUCUCUCUCUCUUGUUUUUGGCACAAUUUUAAGUACCAGUAUUCACGGCUCACUGGGUAGCAGUCUCACUCCUGAUUCAGGAUGUCAUAGGCUCAAGGCCAAGAUUUGAUUUCAAAAUCCAGGGUGAUACUCCUGGAUCAGAACUGAGGGAGUACUGCAGUGCUGGCGAUCUUGGCUGGCUUUUUGGUUGAGACUGGAAAGCAAAGGCCCAAGAGGACAAAUGUUAAAUAUUCCCAUGGUACUGUUGCAAAGGUGAACUCUCCAUAAACAAUUUUAAUAGUGAAUUGUCAGAUCACUUAUUCCAUUUGCUCUAUGUGGAAGCUUGCUAUGCGCAAAUUGGCUGUUGCAUUUGCUUAUGUGACUUGAAAAGUAAAGAUUUUAAGCAUUUGCAGAGGAUGUAAAAUGUACAAUAUAAAUACAAAUUCUUUCUUUUCCUCUGUACUCUGUAACCUGUAAGACUCCAUUUUUAAAAAGUUCAGAGUUGCAUCUUCCAAACCUAGACCAAGAUUAAAGAUAGAAAUUUAGCAAAGAUUAGUGGAAAACUAACAUACUGUUGUUACUACUGGAUCAGUAAUCUAGACUCGGUCUAAAGGUCAUGAGAAAUAAGUUCAAAUCUCAUGAGCUGAGGAAUUUCAAUUCAGAUGAAUAAUCUUCAUCUUAAAAUCUAAUAUCAAUAAUAGUGAGCACAAAAUGAUUGAGUUCUGUAAAACCCAUUUUGAUGCCCUAAUAUAUUUUAGGGAAGGAAAUCUGCCAUCCUUACCCAGCAUGGCCUAUAUUUGCAAUGUGGUUGGCUCUUAACUGCCCCUGCCAUCAAGCAAGCCACUGAGUCGUAGUCAAGAAGUUGACUCACCACCCACCUGCUAAAAGACAAUUGGGGAUAGGCAUAAACGCGAUGCCUACGUUCCCAGAAUGUAUAUUCAAAAAUGUUUAAAAAUCUUGGUUGAGGGAUGAUGGCCAUGAUUCAAAGGUCCAGUGUCCCUGGAUUUACUGUUGAGUUCCCUGAUUGGACCAAAUUAAUAGCCCCAAUCAGGGAGCUCUGUUUGACAGAUAGAAAUAAGAAUGUCAGAUGUUUUGUUCACUCUGAGCUGGCUGUGAGGAAGCCAGACCAGUAUCGAGUACUAUGCACGUGUAAAUAAAGGGUGACUUGGCAAUGGUAUACUGGCCUCUGCCACUGAAAUAUGCUUCUAAAGGUAUUCACUCAACAGUCAUCUGAGUCGGAUUAAGCAUUUUUUGACAUCAUGCUAUUAUUUGGGAAGCUUGACUCGUUUUGAUCUGUUGAAGACUGUCACUGUCUGGAAAGAAUGCAUUACUUUAUGGACAAAUGACACUUGGAGCAGAUGAAAAGCAACAAGUAAUUCUUCUGACAGCUUGUGGACCUGCAGCUUUUUUUUUGUUUGGUUAUUAGGGGCCUCACAUUUCCUGGGUACCAGAUAUAUAAUCUUUCAAGUUAAUGGAUUUAUGUAUAGAAUAUUAUGACUUCAAGCCACCUCUAAUGCUGAGAUGCCAUAGGUUUUACUCUGCAAUGUGAGAACCAGGAGAAACUAUGGUGGGAGUUUUGAUGAGGUUAAAAUGACUGGUAGAGACAUGUGCCUUUUUAAGGAUUAAACCAAAGAGAUGUUAAGGAAAUUUUUUAGCAUGUGGGAUGAAUGAUGUAACCAUGCAAAAGUACCAACAGGUUGAAACCCAACUGGACAGUACAACAGGCACUCUAACUAACUGGCUUUGUCAUUAGAAAAUGCAGCAAGUGAAAUAUGAGUUACAGGGUAUGUUAACAGAAGUGGACACCCUCCCCAGGCUGACUGAGCUUGGGGCAGACCAUUAGAGGGAAGGCAAUGCAGAGCCUCACUCAGGACAUUAUUAUUCUGAAUAGAGGGACUCUAGGUCAGCCCACAGCAGAACGUCAAACAAAGCCAAGCCUCGGCCAAUGGUUAAAGUAGUCUUUCGGACCUGGGCCGGCAAGCCCUUGAAGUCGCUGCUGGUACACAGACUCAACAGUAAAAGAGUCCCACUAGGACUGAAUUGAGUGAGAGAACUUGGAGGCCAGUAUCCAGGAAAAUGUAUAUCUUGGAAGUCUGACUGACAGCUGAUUUGAAUGUUACUAAGAAAUUUAACUGCUCCAAAUCAGAACCAACCAAAUAAUCUGGUUAAAUGGUCACCUGGUUCUAUUGGAAGUUGUAACCAGCACAGCUGUAUCAGUGAAUGCAGAACCAGUCCUUAACAAAAAUUCUCUCUUGACCCCCAACUCUAACUUGGCAUAAGACCUGUGCUAGUCUGAGAAUGUACACCCUGGGAAAUAGUUAUAGAUUUAAGGGUACAACUUUGGUUCUGCUCUCUUAUGAGAAGCAGCUGGCUCAGUUACCAGUGAUUGGGUCUGAUCCUUUUUACUAUAAAAUUGAUUGAGAAAGGUUCAACUUGAUUGGCUUGACCGUUUUCGAUCAGAAAAUGGCUGCUUGAGUGAAGUCCUAAUUAAAUACCUAGAAGCUUUUCAGGAAGCUCUAGGGACUGCUAAACGAGUCAGGGCCAUGUUGCAUGUUGACCAGGAAGCAAUCCCCUGAUUCUGCAAGGCCUGCCUAGUGCCAUUUGCCUUGCAAAAGUAGAGGCAGAAAUCAAAGCUGGAAAGCGAAGGAAUCAUCAAACCAGUACAAUUUGCAAGAUGGGCAGCACUGCUCGUACUGAUUGUGAACUGAGCUGUCAGGUUUCACCUUUAGUGGGGACUUUAACAAAUGGUAAAUUACUUGCAGCUGCAUAGGUACCUAAUCCCUUUGCAAGAGGACUAAUUGGGGGGGGGGGGGUUUGCUGUCCUUCGCGAAGCUGGAUGUGAGCCAUGCAUACCUGCAAUUGUGGUUAGAUUUCCAAAAGUAUGCUAUAGUUAAUACCCAUGAAGGUUUCCACCAAUAUCUGGAGACUGCUAUUUGGGGUAUCAUCAGCCUGUGCCAUAUUUCAGUGGAUAAUGGAAAACGUUUUACAAGGUCCACCCCACGUUGUCACUUAUCUGGAUUGUAUGAUAAUAAGGGGAAAGACAAACAGAGAGCACUUGGAGAGCUUGGACGUAGUCCUUAGGCAUAUGCCCACCUGGGAGAAAUAUCUGAGAAGAGAAAAAUGUAUGUUCCAAGCACCCGACGAGAGAGUCAUGCCUGACACAGAGGAAGAUGGUCAUCCUUGUUGUAGUUCAGUCAUCUUGGCUCCAGGACAUCUCUGCAGGAAUUCCUCAGGGUAGUGUCAUUGGCCCAACCAUCUUCAGUUGCUUCAUCAAUGACCUUCCCUCUAUCAUAUGGUCAGAAGUGGGGAUGUUCGCUAAUGAUUGUGCAACGUUCAGCACUUUGCAUCUCCGCUGAUACAGUCCAUAUUCAAAUGUAACACAAUCUGGUUGAUAUCUAGGCUUGGGCUGAUAAGUGGUAAGUAACAUUGUGCCACACAAAUGCCAGGCUAUGACCAACACCAAUAAGAGACAAUCUAACUACCUCCCCUUGAUAUUCAAUGGUGUUACUAUCACUGAACUCGCUAGCAACAUCCUGGAAGCUAUCAUUGAUCACAAACUCAACUGGACUCACCCCAUAAAUAGCAGCUACACGAGCAGGUCAGAGGCUAUGAAUACUGCAGUGAGCAACUCCCCAAAGCCUGUCCACCAUCUCCAAGGCACAAGUCAGGAGUGUGAUGGAAUACACCCCACUUACCUGGAUGGGUGCAGCUCCAACAACACUCAAGAAGCUUGACACCAUCCAAGACAAAGCAGCCCCUGCUUGAUUGGCAUCACAUCCACAAGCAUCCACUCCCUCCACCACCCACACUCAGUAGCAGCAGUGUGUACCAUCUACAAGAUGCACUACAGAAAUUCACCCAAGAUCCUCAGACAGCACCUUCCAAACCCACGCCCACUUCCAUCUAGAAGGGCAAGGGCAGCAGAUACAUGGGAACACCAUCCCCUACAAGUUUCUCUGCUGUUCCUUCACUGUCAUUGGAUCCAAAUCCUAGAACUCACUCCUUUUAAUGGCAUUGUGGGUCAACCCACAGCAGGUGGAGUGCAGCAGUUCAAGAAGUCAGCUCACCACCACCUUCUCAAAAGCAACUAGGGACGGGUAAUUAAUGCUGGCCCAGCCAGCAACACCUCGUUCCACAACAUGAAUAAAUAAGAAACAAAAGAGUUGGAUUUGAGAGACAACAAGACCAGGCUACACCCGUUGGAGGAUAAAGUGAAUGUGACCAAGAAUGUCCCUGCUCCCAUGUUUGUAACAGGGCUUUAAGCCUUUCCUUGGGUUGAUAAAUUAUUACGGAAAGUUCAUAUGUAACCUGGCAUCCAUCCUGGCACCCUUACACCUGCUACUAACAAAAGUCAGUCUUGGAAAUGGUCUUGUAGCCGUGACCUAGCCUUUAGGGAUGUGAAGAAGCAGCUAUCAUUAUAUAAAGUGUUAGCAGACUACAAUACUAAGCCAGAUCUGGUGCUGACAUGUGAUGCCUUCCCACACAGUAUCAAAGUAGUGUUGGCUCACGGAUGGCCCAAUGAGAAGGAACGUCCAAUAGUGUAUGCUUCCCAGGCUUUGGCUGAUGCAGAACACAAACGCUGCCCUGAGAGAGACCCAAGGUUUGAUGGUCAUCUUUCAUGUGGAAAAUGUUUACCAAUACCUUUUUACAGAUGAAAAUUUGUAAUAGUAACAGACACAAACCCCUGCUGGGGUUACUCAAAAGAGGACAAGGCUGUGCUCUCCAGAGCUUCAGGUUGAGUUCAGCAAUGGGCUCUCAUUUUCUAAGUGUAUACAAUUACAAGUGGAAACACCAGGAACCUGUGUAGCAAAUGCAGCUGCCUUGAGCCAUCUCCUGCUAGCAGAUAUACCACUGGUGAUGCCACCACUAGAAGAGGCUUUUAAACUUUCUGGACACCUUUCCAGUCUUAGCUGGUAAUCUCAGACAUUGGAUGCAAAAUGAUCUGGUCCUGGCAAAACUAAAACAGCUGCUGAUGAUGGGGAAAGCAGAAAGGCCAUCACAACCAGGAUUGAAACCUCUGGACCCAGAGAGAGCAGAUCACUGUAGAGGACGGCAUAUUAUUAUGGAGACCAUGGAAAUGGCUGAGUAAACCCUGGACUUGAUUACAUGUCGACUAUGCCAGUCCUUUCAUGGGUUCAACAUUCUUGGUCGUUGUGGAUGCCUACUCAAUGUGUUUGGACGUGCAUAGAGUUCAUUUGUCAAACACAGGAAUGAUGAUAGAAAAGCUGCAAACCUUGUUUGCAGUAUACAGACUCCCAGAGGUGUUGGUUACAGACAAUGGGCCAUCGUUUACCAACAGAGAAUUUGAGUAUUUCCGAAAGUCAAUUGGCAUUUGGCAUAUAAGGACAGCUCCCUACCAUCCAGUGUCCAACGAUCUGGCAGAAAGAGCAGUUCAAAUUUUGAAGGUCGGCUUAGAGAAACAGCCUUACAGGUUCACUAGAAACCAAACUGUCCUGGUUCCUAUUUGAUUAUCGUGUCACCCCUCAUGUAGCUAUAGGGAUAGCUCCAGCAGAAUUGCUAAUGAGGAGAAGAUUCCACCUCAGGUUAAGUCUGAUCUUCCCUGACCUGGUGGGGCGGGGGGAAGAGGACGAAACAACAUCAGGAACACCAAGGCCGCACACAAGACUCCUCUAAGUGACCGAGACAGUUUACUUAAGGAUGAAGUUUGGUGUAGGAACUGUGGAAAUGGCCUUCUAUUGACAUGAAAGCUGCACACUCAUAAACAGGGCAGGAACAAAACAUAGCUGACCCCUCAGAGCAACUGGAAAGGCUGUCAGAAACCAUGGGUUCUCCUAGCAUCGAAGAAAAUCAGAGUCUGAUAUGGACACAGCAGAUGUCGCUGCCUUGACGCCUUUACUGCCUGAAGAAAGGGAUGAAUUUCUUCUGCGAUGUGGGGGCGGGAGGCCAGCUAUGGUCCAGUACAGACUGCCGUAUCUGAGGCUGAGUUGGAGGAACGAGACGCGGUGCAAAAACGCACCAGGCUGGUUACAAGAGAAAGAACAGGCCUACAUGCCUGGACUUGGAGAGGAAGGGAUGUAGUGAUUAUAACAAGGUCAGCCAGGUGGACCUCAUAGAAUAUGAGUUCCCUGAAUGGGGCUGUUUAUCUGGUCCAAUUAGGGACCCCUGGCUGACAGAUAAACAGGAAUGUCAGGGGUUCUGCUCACACUAAGAGCUGGCUCUGAGGGAGCCUGACCAGUGUCAAGGAUGCUCCAUGUUUAAAUAAAGGGUGCCUUAGUGGCAGAAUACCAGCCUCUGUGGAGUUAUUUCAGGAUCCAUCGUGACUGAUAAUGGAAACUGGCAGAUAAUUUCAAAUUAUGCAAUGCCCCUUGGCCAAAGAAUUGAAAUGAGUACAGAAAGAAAACAUAUACAUCUCAGAGUGAUGGAUAGGAUUUGAUUAGUCACCAUUAAGUCUUCCACAAAUGAUGCUGGAUAGAACAUUAUAACUAAACACAUCCUUAACCCCCUCCUACAGCCGUGAAAAACCAGGCUCAAUAAAGCAAAAAAAACUUUGGAAAAUUCCUCUUUGAUACCCUUGUACAAUAGGACUUAGUUGAGGAGAUCACAUUGACCAAGUGCUAUUGAAUUUAAUAAAAUAAAUAACAAAAGAAUUUUGUUUCCUUUUCUAAAAAGGAUAAAAAUCUAGAUCGUAAAGGAAGCUUUGCAAUGAAAUCUCGCGCAAAGCUGCUUAUGCUGAGAAGUUUGGCAACGAUAAGGGUGGCAGACAAUGGGCUCGUUGCUCUGUAUCUCACAAGUCCUGGGUCAGAGACAGAGAUGAUUCUUUUGGCAAACUUUAUUCCAGAAAGUCUGAAUGCAAUCGUCAGUCAUUUUCUCCUCCAAUUUUCAUUUUGUUUUAAGGCCUUUUGGCUUGGAGAUUUAUACUUAGAAAAGAAAACUGUUUCCACCUAUAAAUUUGCAUUGCUGUUUUAAUUUUGCUCUUGUUAUUCCUUUUGGUUCCUGUAUUUUCCUGAAUGACAAAGGAUAGUCUCAGUUGAUUUAAUACCUGUUAGGGCCUCCAGCAUUCAACCCGUCCACCAUUCCCCAACACUGAUUACCCCCAAUGGAAAUGCAUACCUUCUCCCAUCAUGCCACAUAGUCCCUCAUACCCCAUGCCAAUUCAACACCAACCCACGCAGUUUCCACCAUGGGCAGACUUCAGGAGUCACGUGGAGAUGGAAAGAUACAAUAUUCCUAAAAGUCUAAUACAAACCUUGCCAUGCACACUUGAUUGUGAGAGUAAACACUCAUUUUCGAAAGCAUCAAACCUUUUAAAUCUACUUAUGAUUAAUCUCAUAUAAAAGCAAAUAAAUGUCUGUUCAUACCUCUAAUCCUUUACUAGUCUCUUUUAAGCUGUCAAUCAACUGGGAACUCAAAACCCACUGCUGAUGUAAUUGCAUCUUUGAAACUCAGUGAAGCAUUCAUAAUGAAUAGCUGCUGUAAAGAUAUCAAUGGUGACCUCUAUUGAAAGGAUCCUGUGAUGCAGUGGUAAUAUCCCUACUUCUGGGCCAAAAGAUUUUGGUUGAAGUCCCAUGUGCCACAAAGGCAUGUUAUGACAUGUCUGAACAGUUUGCUUUUAACAAGAAAGCUUUCUAAAGACUGCUCAAACACCAACUGGCUUGUCAAUUGGAGCUUUUCACCAGAGGUUUCACAAACAACUAAAGGCAGUUUUCUUUCAUAGUUCAAGGUGAUUUAAAAAUAGCAUCAGAUUGCGACAGGACCUCUGCCCUUUACAAGCUUUUGUGUUUACUCAAAACAUUUGUAACUUCCACAAUACAGGUUAAGGCCCUUGUAACAGUCAAAGUAGGGUCUGUUUGAAUUCAGCACUAAGUUGAAAUGCCCCUACUGAGUUUUGGCUGCCCUCCUGUGUGAAUCACACCACUCCUCUUUCCCUACCAGCAACAAUAAGGGGAGCAUAUCUGUAUUGAGGCUCCAACUCACCAUCUUUAAAAUUCCACAGAGCCUUCCCAACUCCGUGAAAAUCCAGUUCAAAGACUUUGUGAUAACAAAGUGUGGGGCUGGAUGAACACA